CCGGAGCGCUCCCCAUGGACCAGAUGGAGGGUUCGUCUGCGGAGGAGCCGCCUGCGCAUGCUCCAUCGCUUGGAAAAUUUGGUGAGCGGCCUCCACCUAAACGACUCACUAGGGAAGCUAUGCGAAAUUAUUUAAAAGAGCGAGGGGAUCAAACAGUGCUUAUUCUUCAUGCAAAAGUUGCACAGAAGUCAUAUGGAAAUGAAAAAAGGUUUUUUUGCCCUCCUCCUUGUGUGUAUCUUAUGGGCAGUGGCUGGAAGAAAAAAAAAGAACAAAUGGAACGCGAUGGUUGUUCAGAACAAGAAUCUCAACCAUGUGCAUUUAUUGGAAUAGGAAAUAGUGACCAAGAAAUGCAGCAGCUGAACUUGGAAGGAAAGAACUACUGCACAGCCAAAACAUUGUAUAUAUCUGAUUCAGACAAGAGAAAGCACUUCAUGCUGUCUGUAAAGAUGUUCUAUGGCAACAGUGAUGACAUUGGUGUGUUCCUAAGCAAACGGAUAAAAGUCAUCUCCAAACCUUCCAAAAAGAAGCAGUCACUGAAAAAUGCUGACCUCUGCAUUGCCUCAGGAACAAAGGUGGCUCUGUUUAAUAGACUCCGAUCCCAGACAGUUAGCACCAGAUACUUGCAUGUAGAAGGAGGUAAUUUCCAUGCCAGUUCUCAGCAGUGGGGAGCAUUUUACAUUCAUCUCUUGGAUGAUGAUGAAUCAGAAGGAGAAGAAUUCACAGUCCGCGAUGGAUACAUCCAUUAUGGACAAACAGUCAAACUUGUGUGUUCAGUUACUGGCAUGGCACUCCCAAGAUUGAUAAUUAGGAAGGUUGAUAAGCAGACCGCGUUACUGGAUGCCGAUGAUCCUGUGUCACAGCUCCACAAAUGUGCAUUUUACCUUAAGGAUACAGAAAGAAUGUACUUGUGCCUUUCUCAAGAAAGAAUAAUCCAGUUUCAGGCCACUCCAUGCCCAAAAGAACCAAAUAAAGAGAUGAUAAAUGAUGGAGCUUCCUGGACAAUCAUUAGUACGGAUAAGGCAGAGUAUACAUUUUAUGAGGGAAUGGGCCCUGUCCUUGCCCCAGUCACACCUGUGCCUGUCGUAGAAAGUCUUCAGUUGAAUGGCGGUGGGGACGUAGCAAUGCUUGAACUUACAGGACAGAAUUUCACUCCAAAUUUACGAGUGUGGUUUGGGGAUGUAGAAGCUGAAACUAUGUACAGAUGUGGAGAGAGUAUGCUCUGUGUUGUCCCAGACAUUUCUGCAUUCCGAGAAGGCUGGAGAUGGGUCCGGCAGCCAGUCCAGGUUCCAGUAACUUUGGUCCGUAAUGAUGGAAUCAUUUAUUCCACCAGCCUUACCUUUACCUAUACCCCAGAACCAGGGCCACGGCCACAUUGCAGUGCAGCGGGAGCAAUCCUUCGAGCCAACUCAAGCCAAGUGCCCCCUAAUGAAUCAAACACAAACAGCGAGGGAAGUUACACAAACGUCAGCACAAAUUCAACCAAUGUCACAUCAUCUACAGCAACAGUUGUGUCCUAACUACCGUCUGUUUGCUAGGACUUACACUGACUUGAGUGCGGCAAAAUGUUGACAGAAAAAAAAGAAAGAAAAAAAUGAACAAUCUUUUGUGGUUUCUUGGGAAAACUUUUCAUACCAGGUUAUACUAUUCAAAAACCCCGUUACCUGCAAGUGCUGAUUUGAAGUGCAGAAGCCACAGUAAAACAAAACAAACAAACAACAAAAAAAAACUUGUGCAAACUUCUGGAAGUCAGUUUUUUUCAGCUGUUAUUUUUGUUUGGUUGGUUUUUGUUUGAUUUUGUUUAAAUGGGCGAGAAAUAGAGAUGUGGCUGGAGUAAAAGUUAAUCAAAGUGAAGUCGCUCAGUCGUGCCCGACUCUGUGCGACCCCAUGGGCUGUAGCCUGCCAGGCUCCUCUGUCCAUGGGAUUCUCCAGGCAAUAGAACUGGAGUGGGGUGCCAUUUCCUCCUCCAGGGGAUCUUCCCGACCCAGGGAUCAAACCCGGGUCUCCCGCAUUGUAGACAGACGCUUUACCGUCUGAGCCACCAGGGAAGUCCUCAAAAAAAAAGUUAAUCAAACUAGAAGACAAAAAUCUAACAUAGUUUUUAUGGACCAAGGAACUUGUAUAAGCUUUAGUAAAAGGUACAUUUUCAUCAUACCUUUUUUAUAUCACAUAUAUAAUACACCUUUGUUACCAAAUAGGUUGUUCUCCUCCCCACCCACUUUGAGCUUUUGCUCUUAAGUACAUUCAGGUUCCAAGCCUGACCAUGGUUGUUUAAUCUAAUUACCAUACUCUUCCAGGUCUUUCUGGUCCAAGGCUGGAACUGUUCUUUUAUUAUUUUUUUAAAAGCUGAAGUCUUAUGACUUUUCUUGAAUGGAAGGUGUUUUGAUUUCAGCAAGUCAAAUCUUGUAAAGGCCUGCAUUCAUAUUUCUUUUAAGAUAUGAAGUCUGUGCAAAAGCUUUAAAAAAAAAAUGCCUCUGCCUUGCCUGCAAUACAUUCAAUGUACUUAGUCUCUAUUCUCAAAUACCGUUGAUAGUUAUUUCUCUGUGUUACUUUUUUUUUUAAUGUAUUUAUAGUGGUAAUCUAAGAGGUUCUAACAUUUACCUGAAAUUAAAUGUGGCCAUUUAGUCAUUAAUGAGUUAAUGGCAUGGAACAUGUUGGUUUUUACAGUGUUCCCUCCCUUUUUCCUGUGCAGAAAUGUAUCUACUCAGUCAACAUUUGUUCAGGUUUCCUCCCCCUCCUUAUCUUGUACAUAACUUGUAUUAUGUGUAAGUUAAACAUUUUAUUUUGAACUUGGAAUAUUCCCAGUGAUUUCAUUCAGCAGGGUGUUUUUCUGCCUUGUUGGCAUAUGAUAACAAAAAAGUAUCAUGCUAAGUAUUUGCUACCAGUUGGUAGAUGGUGCCCUUAUUGUAUAAUGAGGAAAAAUCUCAGCAAAAGCAAGGUUUUAUUUACUUUUUCUUUGGUGGGGGGGUAGCCUAGGUCAAAACAUCACUGUAACCUUGAAACAGGAUGCUUUUACUAGAUGACCAACUAAAAUAGCUGGAAGACAAUACUUUAGAAAUGGAUAGUUGUAAGAUUAUAAAAAUGCAAAUGUAAUUUAUCUUUCCAUUUCUCUCCCUUUUUUUGUCUUCUCUUCCCCAACACUGAGUGUCUUCACAAAUGUCACCUACUCAGAAAGCAUUUCUUCUCCGUUUAAGGUUUGAUUGUAUUCCGGGUCGUGUGCUGCCUAUCUGUGCUGGGCUCACCUCUCUUACAUUGGUUUUGUUCCUACACUCUGGUUAUACCUUUGUUUGGUUUCUUAGAAAUUGCGGCAGACUCAUUGGGCUACAUUUAGUACAGGAUCUCUGUGUGUAAUGUUAUAGGACAUGGUCUAGUAAUACAAUCAUCUUUCUUCGAGUAAAAACUACCUCUAGAUUGUGGUAAGCUUUUACUGUCCCAUAAAACAGAAGCCACAAGUACCUUAAGGAUGCAAAACUGUAACUUCCUGCAUAUCUUUCCGUACAGAAAUUGUCUUUUUGGUGUCCUGGGCUAUUUUGAAAAGUUUCCACCCGUCGGCUUUUUAAAAACAUCAUCAUUAGUAGCUUCCCCCCAUUCCCACCCCACAGCUUUGAUAAAUCUUCAUUACUCAUUCUUUUGCCUAGACUAUGCCAUUGUAAAUAUAGUUCCUAACAUCUUGAAAUUGCUUUUUCCUCAGUUUUUAAGGGCGAAGUCAUUUGUAAAACACGUAGUUAAAGUUAUUGUGGUCUUUUCUUUACUGCAAGCCUUUUUAAUUACUACAGGCUGCAUUAUGCUAUAUAUAGCCUUUCUCUCUUUAAGUCUGCUCCCGUCACUAGCUUCUCUUGUAAGCUAAUCCUGCCUCAUACUUUAAAUCUGUUUCAGUGACCAAGGGCAGAAUUCUUUGUGGCCUUAUCUUUCUUUGUUUUAACUGUUUACUGGCUUUUUCUUGCAAACUUGCUUAUUUCUGAGUAGUAUUUAUUCUGCUCUCUGUUGAGUCUGGAAGUAGCCUUCACACAGUGCUUUUUGUUCAGAGCGCAGAAAUGUUUUCAGUGCUGCUGAAAUGGGCCACAGGUUUCCUCCACUUCCCAAGUUUGUUAUUUAGUUACCAAUUUAUAUUAAAUUAACUGAUAACAAAUAAGAUGCUUUUGAAGCACAAACUAUUCCUACCCAGCAUUGCAACUCAAAAUAUUUUUUUUCAAGUUUAUGACUUUAUUAAAAUGAACUUUUGCUUUUUUACUGUUUAUGUCUAAUUUUGGCUCUUUAUUUUAAUAAGAUAAUUGAAAUAUUGGACUGUAAACCCUUUUCAUUGUUGGUUCUUUUUUUAAGAGUAUAUUUAAGAGUAUACUCCUAUAGGCCCCCACCCCCACCCCCUGCCACUGUUUUAUGCCAUUCUACAUACCACAAACUGAAAUGAUUUGUCUAUUAUGGCUCAUCGUUUAUCAGUAGUUCUUUUGUCAGCUGCUUAAAAAAAAUUUUUGUGAAUUUUUUUCAGUGUAUAAUUUACAGGAGCCUCGUCCUCCAGUUAUAGUAUUGUAGAACGUGGCCCUUCCACCAAUUGUGGCAUUAUUAGAGAUGCUGAUCAGUUUCCCUCAUAAAGGCUCUCAGAAUGGUAACCACUUCAGUUAAAGUAUAGUAUGUUCAAGUUGUUUUUUUUUUUAAGUCAUGUAUUAGAAGUAUAUCCUAUGCUUUUAUGAUUCUAUGCAGUUUCUGAAAAUAUGCAUAGAAGCUGUCUCUUAUCUAAUAUAUUGUUUUAAUUGAUUACCUAGAUUGAGAAGGCAAACAAAAAGCUAUAAAUAUAAAAUGCCCUUUUUAUUUUGAAUGGUUUCAGAGUUGAACACUAGUAUAAUCUGCUGCUGACUUUUCUUAAACCACGACAAGUAAAGAUAUCCAUAUGUGCGUAUUAACUGGUAAAAUAUUUGUCAAUCUUACUGCACAGACUUAUUUGCGAUAUUAACUGGUUAUUUUUUUUUUUUUUUUAAUGAAACUAGUACUGUCUGUGCCCUCACAGGAAAUUGUCAACAGUUUUUAAGAACUAAACUAUUCAUGUUUAAUCAGAUAAUCCAUGUAGGGGGUGGGGGUGGUGGGGUUCUUUUUUGAAUCAAAAUGUUAUUCAAUUAUUAACUAAGUUACUUACUUUUGAUUUCAAAAGCAGCUGUGUUUCUGAUGAAUACUGAACAAAUGUGUGUAAUUUUCUGUGCCAGACUUUUGACUUUGUUUUCAAGCACUGUAACGUGGGAUGGAUGGUUAGAAACAAUAAUAUAUUAGGGUUUCUAUUUAACCCUUUCAGGACUGAACUGUAUUUCCUUUUAUUAAUUUUUCCCUGUGUUGUGAUAAAUGUUUGCCAGCAUUCAGUACUGUGUUGGUCCAGAUGUAGGUUUAUAUGCUCAUUUUUAGCUUAUUUCUUGUACCUUGCAGCAUGCUCUACGCAUUCAGUCCUUAAGGGGUUUAUUUUACAAACUGUGCGCCUGUAAGGUUUAUUAGCAAUAAGAUAGAAGAUUGAGCAAGUUUAUACCAUAAUUUUGUAGAAAAAGGAAUCUGCUCAGUUCCAUAUUUCAUCCAUGAGAAACCUGCAAUACGGGCAGUUUCAAGAAAUAAAUAAAAAGGAAAUGUAAACCA